CGUCUUCUUCUUCCCCAAUUUCCCCUUCUCCUCUCCUUCUCUUCCCGCUUUGCUUCCCAAUUUCUCCACGCCACCGAGCAAUUCGUGAGAGGGAGAAGGGAUCGGAAACCCUAACCCUAGCGGUGGGAGCCGCCAUGGAUGCGCGGAUGCGGUGAGCGGGGGUGGUUUUCUUGGUGGGUGAGGCGAGGUGGUUGGGGGUAUGGGUGGGGGGAGGAGGAGGAGGAGCGCGGCGAUGGCGAUGGAGGGGGAGGUGGAGGGUGGUGGGAGGAGGCGGGUGGUGCGGAUCAUCUUCCGCGACGAGGACGCGACGGAUUCGUCGAGCAGUGAGGAGGAGGGGGAGGGGGAGGUGGUGGCGGCGAGGCGGGUGGUGGUGAAGCGGACGCGGCUGCGGUGCCAGGAGGUGGAGAGGAGGUUCACCGGCGUGCGGCGGCGGCCGUGGGGGAGGUGGGCGGCGGAGAUCCGCGACCCCAAGGAGAACGGGCGGCGCGUGUGGCUCGGCACCUUCGACACCGCCGAGGCCGCCGCCGCCGCCUACGACGACGCCUGCCUCCGCCUCCGCGGCCCCGGCGCCGCCCUCAACCUCCCCUCCCGCCGCUGCGUCGCUCCCGCUCCGCCUCCACCGCCUCCUCCGCCGCCGCCGACGGCCGAGGAGAAGAAGCUGCUGCUGUUCCCGCCGCCGCUGCCUCCGAGGAAGAAGGCGAUGCUAUUCCCGCUGCCGCUGCCGCCGAGGAAGAAGCCGCUGCUGUACCCGCCGCCGCUGCCGCCGAAGAAGAAGCCGCUACCACCACCAUCACCACCGCCACAGCCGCCGCUGCCGGAGAAGGAGAACACCCCGCUCCCGCCGCUGCUGCUGCCUCCAAAGAAGAAGCCGCUUCCGCCGCCGUCACCGACAGCGGCAGCGAAGGAGGAGCCCAUCGAGCUCGAGCAUGCGGCGCCGCCGCCGCCUUUCGUGCCCCGGCCGGUGUGGCCCCUCCUGGCCAGCGGCGGCGGCGGGAAGCGGAAGAAGCAGUCGGGCUGCGGCGGCCGCAUCCCCGCCCUCAACACCGCCGCCGCCGCCGUCGAGGAGACCGGCCGCGCCUGAUCCUCCUCCCCGGCGACAUGGAUGCCACCAAAAAAAAACUAAAAAAAAUAAAAAAAAACAAAUAACACCAACCAUCCUAAUGUGAAAAGCUUAGUGGAUCAUUCCUUUUGAUGUGAUUCGAUGAUGCUGUUAAUCUAAAUCUGAUCUGAUGCGAUUAUCUUCUUUUUUUAUUUUUUGUACAUACAUAUGCUUUGCUUCUCCUGCAUUAGGAUCUUGGGAGAAACUCAAAAACUGAUCUGUAAUAUUUUCUGUAAUAUCAUCUCGUCUCAUGUAGUUGUGACAUUGUGGUGUUGACAUUGUAACGAAUCGGUCGAUUCGAAGAGAACUUGUGGAAAAAGAAUCGAGUCAAGAUUGAUUCAAAGCCUGGUUUCGUUUCGUU